AUGGCCGACACCGUACCCCUGAUCCCACCCGACCAGCCAAUCGACCCCAAGCGCGUCCCCAUUCUCGUGCACUCGCUCGACCGCGGGCCGGUGAUCAACUGUAUCCUCAAGAUGACCUCGCCCAUAGGCAAGUUGCGCGACUCUAUCGCUGCGAGACAGGGAAUUGAGCGAGACGCUUUCGUCCUCCUGUAUGACGGACACCUGGUGUACGAUAACGAUACUCUCGAGAGUCUGGCUGAGUACGGCGUGGACGAGGAAGAAAUCCGAGCUGGAGUUCGCUUCGAGAUGAAUGCUCGGCAGAUUGGCGGUUGUCUGUCGUAA